AGGAACCUUUAUCUACUGUGAGAGAGUCAGAAUCAGACAAACUCAAACGCACCCACCAGCUAUGGAAUCAUGGAGCUCUUCAACCAACUGGACCGUCACCGGCGGCUCUCUCGCGAAUUCCCUCGCUUUCGAGUCCUCUCUUUCCCCGAUCGACGACGACGACGACCCAAAAAUCACUUGCAAUCCAACCGUCUUCAAAUCCCCUCUUGUUCUGCGCCCUCCUUCGCCGGAUUCCGGCCCUUGCGAGAUCACAAUUGAUUUGAUGCAAAAGCAUGAGGUGAGGCAGGUUUAUGUUCGAAGUACUGCUCGAGUCUAUGAGAUGUACUAUCAUUCUGGUCUACAGUGCGGCAAUGAGUAUCUCUGUACUGUUCGCUGUGGCAUUGCUGCUAGAGAUGAAGAAGUGCUCACAGCUGAAGUUGAAGAAGUUAUUUCUCCCAAUCUAGAUGGGACUAAUAAAGGCCUGGGUGAAGCAGAUGUGAAAAGUGGGCGUAAUUUGACUGGUGGUGAAGAUGACUGGGUUGAAGUGAGAGUCCCUGAUACUCCCAUGGCUGAGAAGAAAAACUCAUCUUUGACAUCAGAGGCUGAUAGCGUUGCAGGCAGAAACAAGCAGGAGUUUUAUGAGGCUACAGCAGAGAUUACUGAUGCAAGUCCUUGCUUAUCCCUUACACUUCGUCUGCUCUCACUUCAGAGUAAAGAUUGUGUUUAUGUUGAUGAAGUGUAUGUGUUUGCUGAUCCUGUUGCUUCAGCUGAUUCUGAAGAUCAGGAGGAUCGGGUGGAAAACCCAGCUGGAAGUUCUCUUAUGGCCAUGCUUGUACCAACCCUUUUGCAGUUAUCUAAGACAACUAAGCAUAGUACUGGUACAAUGGAAAAGCAGAAAUUCCCUGACUAUGGGUCAAGGUCAGCUGAUCCGACAAACUUUGCAAGUAAAAUUAAACAGCAGGAAGGAAAAUCCAGUCUAACCGAUCAUCAAGAAGUGAAGUGCCAAGAGGUGAAUGGUUCUAGUGCAGGUCGACAUAUGCUGAAUCCUCCACAAGUUCCUGUUUCAGAAAACAAGCCUAAUCAUCCCUCACAUUCUCAUCUUGAAAGAGCCAUGGACCAGCUUGUUUCUCGAGUAGGCAGAAUAGAAGAUCUUUGUUUGAGGUUUGAAGAAAACAUGCUAAAGCCCAUAAGCAGCAUUGAGGUAAGACUCCAGAGGGUAGAGCAGCAACUUGAAGUACUGAUGAAGAAAUCACUUAAUUCUGAGUUGCCAUCUUGCUCAAGAAUUUGUGCUCCUGAUUUUUCAUGCAAUGAAUCAGAUUCCAACUCCUUCUAUAAUAGUGGAAGUGAUUAUCCUAAUUGUGGAUCAUUUGAAUCAGAUAAGAAGGACUUUUGUCCAGAUGUGACGCCCAUCCCUCCUUAUGAAGCAUGUGAUUCAGUGAAUGCUGCUCAGUUGCUCCCAGGUCUUGUUGUCACUGCUCCUGAGUUUUCAAAUUGUUAUGAUGUGGAAGAAAAUUUUGCAACAGACCCACUGAAAAACUCUUUGAAGGAUAGACCAAAGCAAGCCUUUUCAAUUGAUGAUGCUUUAGCAUCUGCACUUGCACGAUUUGUAUCUUCAACUUCAAUCCCGCCUCCAACCUAUACACAAACUCUUGCAGUUAAAGCCCCCGAGUUUUCAAAUGAAGAUGAUGAAAGUGACAAUAAGAAAGCUUCACCUGGAGUUCAGUGUGAAAUAGAUCAUCCAGUUUCUUGCUAUAGAACAGAUGGGAAAGAGUGUACGAAAUAUUCAACUUCAUCCAAUACUUGUCUGGAGGGUGAAGGAAAUGUAAUAGGAUCUCCUAAUGAUGACUGCCCUGAGGAGACGGCUGGGGGAGCUGACAAAGACUGCCGGCACUCCGAGGGAGGGGAAGGGGACUGUCAGGCCACAGGAAUUGACCCUAUAGUUGAACACGAAAUAACAAGAACAGAUUCCAAUCAGAUAUCGAAUGAUAGUGUAAAUUUAGAAGUGAGCAACGAGAAAAGCAAUACCUCAGUUCCUAAUAGCGAGAAUGUCUCUGAUACUACCCAAGAAGAUGAUGUUGCAAGCUCUGAAUUGGCUGCUAAAUCAGAAAACACAAAAUGUGGAUCUGAAUUUCUGCAGAAAGUUCUUGACUUUUCAUGUGCAGCUUCUGUAGUGGAUUUCAAGAUUCCAGUCCUGGAUGUAAAAUUUGCAUCUCAGGAAAAUUCCAAUACCAAAGCUCCCCUUGAAGCCCUUUUGACUGACAUGCAGGAAUUAAACGUCGAAGUUCCUUGCAUCAAGGAUACGGAUGAUGACUCCCCAAUUUCCGAGCAAUGCAACUUAAUUUCGCUGGAGGAUGGUGAACUGUCAUCUCAUGCAGACAACAGCCAUAUUUCAGUGGAUAUGAACUACUGCGAUGUAGUGGAUGUGCCUUUGAUCAUUGAGGGUGAAAGCCUGCAGGACCAUCGGACAUUCUGCAGCCAUGAAAUCUUUGCAGAGAGUCUCAUAUGAUAAAACAUUUUUUUUUUUGUAUAAACUUGGUUUAGGUAAGUAAUAGAUGUAUGCUGGUCAUCAUUUUAUUGUAUAGCCUUUUCUGUUAACUUUUUUUACCCUUUUCUCAUUUUGUUUUAACCAUUUAAAAGUAACUUGAAUGUCUAGUACAUUUUGACCA